GGCACGGAGCUGCCUCCUCCCCGAGCAGUGUUCGGGCACCCCGUAGGAAAAAUCGGCAGAAGAAAUCACAUUAGGGAAAAGAGGGAGAGUGAACGAUUUCGAAAAGGGCGUUUGCGCGAAGCAAAGCUUGAGGGAAAAAAAUCUUGGAAGUACCCGAGAUGGGAGAUGCCGGUGUGAGCAACUACAUGGAGUGCAAGACAAUGAUAAGAAGCCCUGUAACUAUCUUGACUCGGCAAGGCAGCGCAGAACUCGAAUUGGCAGGUGUUCAUCUUCAUGAAGGAAAGAAACACUAGAAGUUCGGACUAGAGCUGGAGUGUUUGCUUCAAGAUGCCCCAAAGGGAAAAUACUCAUCUGCAAGUCCCUUCUUUCAAAACUGCCAGUGUUCUUUCAAUCAAAGAAAAACGUAUUUUGAGAAAGAUGACUUGUGAAGUCUGUGAACAAAGCUGUCUUCACAAGGAUACCGAAUGAAAGACAUCAUGCCUUACAAGGGACACUGGUCUUGAAGGGUGACACUGUGCUCUUAAAGUAAAACACAGGCACUGUAAAAACCCUGAUCCUGAACAAGAAUAAGGAUUAUAAAAACUGCAUCAGAAUGUUUGUUAGUCCCAGGAGAGUCAGAAAAUGCCAUUUUUUGCAGCUAUGUGCCACUUGCUUCAUACUGUGUCUCAUGAUUUUUUGGAUACCGUUUGAUAAUCAAAUUGUGAGCCAUAUGAAGUCCUAUUCCUACAGAUACCUCAUAAAUAGUUACCAUUUUGUGAAUGACAGCCUGUCUAUCAGCAGGGAUAACCUGAACAGGGUAUCAAGCUACCAAUACUUGAUCAACCACAGAGAGAAAUGUCAGCAGCAGGAUGUCCUUCUCCUACUGUUUGUGAAGUCUUCUCCUGAAAACCGUUAUCGAAGGGAUGCAAUCAGACAAACUUGGGGUGAUGAGAAGUAUGUUCGUUCUCAACUUAAUGCCAACAUUAAAACCCUUUUUGCUUUAGGACGCCCAACACACCAUGAGCAGAAAACACAGCAGCAAAGAGAACUUGAGCUCGAAGACCAGAAAUACCAGGAUUUGAUUCAGCAAGACUUCUUGGAUACUUUUCACAAUCUCACUCUUAAAUUGCUUUUGCAGUUUAGCUGGGUGAAGGCCUACUGUCCUCAUGCCAGGUUCAUUAUGUCUGCAGAUGAUGACAUAUUUAUCCAUAUGCCAAAUCUCAUUGCUUAUCUCCAAAGCCUCACGCAAAUGGGUGCUCAAGAUCUCUGGAUUGGUCGUGUCCAUCGUGGAUCCCCUCCCAUAAGAGACAGGAGGAGCAAAUACUAUGUUCCAUAUGAAAUGUACCAGUGGCCCUCUUACCCUGACUACACAGCAGGAGCUGCAUAUGUAAUAUCAAAUGAUGUAGCAGCUAGAAUCUAUGAGGCUUCAUUGACUCUGAAUACAAGUCUUUAUAUAGAUGAUGUUUUCAUGGGUCUCUGUGCCAAUAAAGUGGGAAUUGUACCACAAUAUCAUGUAUUUUUUUCUGGGGAAGGAAAAGCUCCAUAUCAUCCCUGCAUUUAUAACAAGAUGAUGACAUCUCAUGGACACGUAGAUGAUCUUCGCCAGCUCUGGAAGCAGGCUACAGAUCCCAAAGUUAAAGAGAUUACUUCAGGGAUUUGGGGUAGAAUGUACUGCAGACUGGUCAAUAUUGUGCUUCUCUGUAAACUGUACUAUGUGGACACGUAUCCUUGUUCAGCUGCGUUUUCUUAAUACUUGAAUAUCUGCAUUGAAGAUCCACUGAGCCAAGACAGAGCAACAACAUUUUAGGUGUUUAUCCAAAAUGUAUGUAAACAUGGAAAGAGGUAAAAUUUACACGUGAAUACUUGGGGUGGGCAGAGGGAGAGGAAGAAGAUGGUCCCAAGGUCCCAGAUUCUGUUCAGAGACUUAUUGGAAUAGCUCUCCUGUUGUAUUUGUACUUUUUAUAUUGUAGCCUGUUCUUUUACACUCUUCAAGGGAUGUAAGUCUGGAUUAUAAGUGAACUAUAAUGGACUUGACUUCUAGACUUUGAAAUGCUUGUUGAAAAUACCUGUUUCUUUGAACUUGUCAGUAAGUCUUAAUGGCCUUUAUAAAAGCUAUGUGAACUAAGGCAUGUGGCAAAAAACCCCCUGUUAUAUCAGAAUGGAGUAGACCUUUCAAAGCAUGAGGAAAGUGUAACUUCUGACUUGAUGAAUGAGACUAUCACAGUAGUUUAAGGUAGUGUCAAAUAUUCACCAUUUCUCAGUGCUUCAUAUAAAGUCAGUCUGGACCUGCACAGCUGACAAAUAGUGAGUGGUAGAAAUGAAGCCCUGCUACAAUUGUUUUCUCAAAGCUGCCUAAAUCUUUGAAAUAGGGAAACAGUAUUUGGAUGCCCUCUGACUUGGUGGUUAAAUAACAAAGGAACCCCCUUUAGAACCUAAAGGUAUAAAAAGCCAAAUACCACUCAUGUGACUUGUUGGGCUAAUAGGUCUCUGUCUUCUGAAGACUGAAUCAGCACGUUUAAGAAGUCCAAUCUUUAAUAAGCAAAUAAGUUAAGUUAGUUUUCUUCUAAUAAUGCUUCUGUUUUCCAGUAUUCUAGAAGUGAAAAGCAAGCAAAAUUCCCCGGGAAUGUUACUUAGAGCUAGGUAAAGCCUUAAAAAAAACAGAAUUUCAUGCUUGUACUAACAGAGAGGGAGGAUAUUUUCUGUACAAACUUUGACUUUGCAUUGAAGGGAUAGGGACAUGGUGAUUCACACAAACUCAGUACACAAAUCAUAAUAACUAAAAUAUUUCUUCUGAAGUCAAAAUUGUCUCUAAAAUUUCAGGGUUGUUGGUGUCCAUAAACUCCUGUACCUUGAAUAUGUCUCAACAUUAAUAUCACUUGCAAAGGAACAAAAUGCCUGGGCUUUGUAAGCCAAAAGAGAGCCAAGUGAUGUGCAAACUGCAGCCCUUAUGAGUUGUCCUGUGGUGCCAUACAGAUACUGCAGAGAACCAGAGCUGCAGGCUGCCUGCAGUCCUUGCACAGCUCAGUCAUGGUGCUUCCACAGACUCUCAGGACAGAUAUCUUAGUUGCUAAUUGCCAAACCUGUGACAGCUGUACAGGACUUGCUAGUUUGAAGCUGUGAGUAGUAAACUUGGUGUAACUAACUGCUACUGCUCUUGGAGCUGUGCUGCAGGUUUUCUGGUUUGAAUGGAUAAUGGCAUCUGUCAGUGCAGACAGAAGCCAGGAGUGAGCUUGCUGACUGUUCUCUAAGCUGUUCAGAUGGAGGGUAGGUAGUUACUGGAGACAAGUCAAACAUGUAACUUUCUAUCACUGGUUUUGCAGAAGGAAGAUAAGGUUCCUAACUGGUCCCAAAUGUGGGGCAUAUAAAGAGCUGACAAAGAAAUAAUUUAUCAGUGUCAGAACAACUGAUGAGUAUAACAGCUGUACUUCAGAAGGAACAAAUCCAAUUCCUUUCUUGCCUAAACAAAUGGAUAAUAGUACUGGGGAUGUAGAUCUUUAUAACCUGUUGCAUACAGAGAAAAUAAAUGCACAUAUAGAGAAAGUAUUGUAUAUUGAAGGAAAGCUGCUUCAUCAUAUUUCUGACUUCUUGUGAGCCAUUCAAAUCAACAAAGCUGCACAGCAAAACUGCACUGCUAGAAAAGCCACCCUGUUCACUGAAGGGAAAGAGGGUCUUCAUAUGCAGUAUGCAAGCAAAAUGUGCUAGUAAGACUAUAGUCUUCCAGCAGAUCUACGUGUUGGGAUUUGUUUUCACUCGUACUUGCAGAAGUAAGGCAAUCUUUAAGUAGCUUUAACUAGCUAACAUCUAAAACGCUGCUUAAAUGUAGUUGCCAUUAUCUGAAAAUCACCAUUUAGACCAUUGAAAUACUUUGUUUUACAGUUGGUUUGAGCUUUGUUUGGAUUGUUUCUUAAUCUUAAAAGGGCCUUGAUGUUUGUAGUAUGCAUUUUCUUUUGCUGCAGUGAAAAGAAGUUGCUUGUUGAAUAAAAGGAAAGCAUGAAGACACUCCUUUCAAAAAGUAGAAGAGACAUAGAAAACUUCAUAUUUUCUGGUUCUAAACACAAAUGAAGAUUUGUACACUUCCAUCAGGAAUCUUUUUUAACAAUAGUCUCAGUGCUCCAAUGCAGGGCUGAUAGGUUUUACUUCAAAUAAAACUGUAUUAGCCUGAAUGGUCACUCCUCAUUAAGAGUUUGACAUUGUUGCACAGCAUAUUUAAUGCUAUUUUUUUAUCUGUUUGUUUGGUUUGCAUCAGUUUCCCUUUGAUAUUACUAAUUUUUAUACAAAAUAUUCAAUAUUUAUUCUUAAACUUUGCUCUGUACCACAGAAAGACAGUUGUUUUGUAAAAUUUGUUUUGAAUAAACAGACUUAUUUCUUUUAAAAAAACCUAAGAAUACAGAAAA